GUUGCUCAACUAACUUGCCCGAAGCAGGACGUACGCGCGCGCGCCUAACAAAAAUAUUACGUGCAAUACGAAUACGAAGACACGAGCAAAAUUUUGCAAAGGAACCAAAAGUGCGAAGCAAAAAACAAGUGAAUUCUUAAUCAGUGUGCGACAACUGUGUUUUGUGAAAAUAGAGUUUUGUGUGUUAUUUGCGGUUCGAUAUUCGAUAGAUACGAUAGACGAUUGAUCGAUCGAUCGAUGUUUGCGUAGACGGUUCGGACAACAUAUGAUAUGAGCCUGACUGUGCUCUCGCUGCCGCAACGUUACAAACGCCUCCUGCAAGCCAUGUCUCUCGCCGUUGCCGUUGUCUACAUGACGCUGUUGCUCUAUCAGAGCGCCUACGGAUAUCCGGGCAUGCAAUUGCAGCCACAAUUAAGCUCAAGUCUGUUGGAUGGCAAUGAACCUGCAACGACGACCACACAGCAUGCAAGUGAGUUGCCUGUUGCUGCCGCUGGCUUGCAACUUGUGGCAGUUGCAUCGUCGCCAUCGCCGUCGCCUAUUACGCCCUCGCUGAUCAUACGCAAGGACAUCCACAGCUUCAACUUUAGCGACAUCGAGGUGAGCGAGAGGCCAACGGCGACGCUCCUCACCGAACUCGCUCGUCGCAGUCGCAAUGGGGAGCUGCUCCAUGAUCUGUCGCAGCGAGCGGUGACAGCGACGCCGCAGCCACCGACGACCGAGUUGGAUGACAUUUUCAUCAGCGUGAAGACGACGAAGAACUAUCACGACACGCGUCUGGCGCUGAUCAUCAAGACCUGGUUCCAAUUGGCCAGAGAUCAGACCUGGUUCUUCACAGACACCGACGAUCAUUAUUAUCAGGAGAAGACAAAGGGACAUCUUAUAAACACAAAGUGCUCACAGGGCCACUUUCGCAAGGCGCUCUGCUGCAAAAUGUCCGCCGAACUCGAUAUCUUCCUGGAGAGCGGCAAGAAAUGGUUCUGUCACUUUGAUGAUGACAACUAUGUCAAUGUGCCGCGUCUGGUGAAACUCCUCGAUGAGUACAAUCCUAGUGUGGACUGGUAUCUGGGCAAGCCGAGCAUCUCAUCGCCGCUAGAGAUUCACUUGGAUAAUAAGAAUGCGACGACAAACAAGAAGAUAACCUUCUGGUUUGCCACUGGCGGCGCCGGCUUCUGCCUCAGUCGCGCCCUCACCCUCAAGAUGCUGCCCAUAGCAGGUGGCGGCAAGUUUAUUAGCAUCGGCGAUAAGAUACGCUUUCCGGAUGAUGUCACAAUGGGUUUCAUCAUAGAGCAUCUGCUGAAGGUUCCUCUCACCGUUGUGGACAACUUCCAUUCGCAUUUGGAGCCCAUGGAGGUGAUACGUCCAGAUACGUUCCAGGAUCAGGUGUCCUUUAGCUAUGCGCACAUGAAGAACCAAUGGAAUGUCAUCAAAGUGGAUGGCUUCGAUCUCAAGACCGAUCCCAAGCGCUUCUAUUCGCUGCACUGUCGCCUCUUUCCCUACUUCAGCUUCUGCCCGCCCUUAUAAAUGCUAGAGAAAACAAACAAAUCCAAUAUAUAGGGUAUUUUAUGCAGGCUGUCGCUGUUUUGCGGUUCAGAACCGAAGAAGGAAAGGAAAAAACAAAAUCUCACCACUGUGAUGUAACAAUUAAGUAAUCGAUAAACGAAAAAUUAUAAAAAGUUAAUGGCUCUUUUGUAUAUAGUGCUUAGAAACUAUUUAAUAGAAUUUCAACUCAAACGUUGUGCUUCCUAAAGAUUUACCAUGUUAAGUUCUCUUCAUGCCUUCCACAUAACCAUUGAAGAUUACUAAACAACUAUUACUACUACUAUUAUUGUUUAAGUUAACGUUUUUGCAAUUUGAAAUACAAUCAACACUUUCCAAGUGCUUCCUUUUCGUAGCGUUAAGUCUUCCAUUGAAGCUAAGCCUUAGUUAAUUUAAUGGUCUAGUCUAGGUUUAAGUUCACAAGCAGAAUGUAAAUCAAACAGCAGUCGAAAUAAAUUUAUAAAAAAUUAAAACUAAUCUGUGUGUAUAUAAAAAUAUAUGCUAAAUAUAAAUAUAUAUAUUUAUGUACUAUAUUGUAAUUGUAGUUUGUAGUCUAUGCUAAGCAAUGUUUAAAUUCUUUUUGUU